UCUUCAGUGAUCAAUGGCUUCCUCCCUUCGUUACACUUCCUUCGCCCUCCUCCUUCUCCUUUCACUCACCUCCACUGCUCAGCUCACCACCAACUUCUACUCCACCUCCUGCUCUAAACUAUUCUCCACCAUCAAACCAGUCGUACAGUCCGCCAUUACCAAGGAGAAGCGCAUCGGUGCCUCCCUUCUUCGCCUCUUCUUCCAUGACUGCUUUGUCAACGGCUGUGAUGGAUCUCUGCUUCUUGAUGACACGGCGAACUUUACUGGGGAGAAGAAUGCAGUUCCGAACAAGAAAUCUGUGCGGGGGUUUAAUGUGAUAGACAAGAUAAAGUCUGCGGUGGAGAGAGCUUGUCCGGGAGUGGUGUCUUGUGCUGAUAUCUUAGCUGUUACAGCCAGAGAUUCUGUGGUUAUUCUUGGUGGACCAAACUGGAAUGUGAAAUUAGGCAGGAGGGAUGCGAGGACGGCAAGCCUAAGUGCAGCGAAUAAUAACAUUCCGCAGCCGACAUUCAAUCUUAGUAGGCUUGUCUCUUCGUUUUCGGCUAAGGGGCUCUCUGCUCAGGAGAUGGUUGCCCUUGCAGGUGCCCACACCAUAGGGCAAGCAAAGUGCACCAGUUUCAGGGCCAGGAUUUACAACGAGAGCAACAUUGAUAGCUCGUUCGCUCAAUUGAGGAGGAAGAAAUGUCGAAUUAGUUCUAGAAACAAUAGCCUCGCACCAAUUGAUCUACAAACCCCAACGUUCUUCGACAACAAUUACUAUAAGAAUCUUAUCAACUUGAAGGGUCUUCUUCAUUCUGAUCAACAAUUAUUUAGUAAUGGCUCAACUGACUCCCAAGUUAGAAAAUAUGUUGCUCAACCGGCCACGUUCAGCUCAGAUUUUGUUGCAGCAAUGAUAAAGAUGGGUGAUAUAAGCCCUCUCACGGGAUCUAAUGGCGAGAUCAGAAAGAAAUGUAGGAAGAUCAACUAAUAGAAGAAUAAUUUUUGUCAAGAUUAUUUGAGAUGGUUAAUCUGAGCUCAAAGUAUUUGGUCUUUGAAUGUAAAUGUUGGUUCAUGAAAGUUGCCUAUGUCAACUUUAUGUUUGUGACGUGAUUUUGAAUUUGUACAACAUGCUUUUGGCAUAUGCCUAAAUUUUUAAAAUUGAAUUG